CCUGACGCCAACACGUAAAAUGUGAAAUAUGCUAAAACUGAAAAUAUUACGAAAUCAUAAAAACAAGGUUUUUGUGUAUUUAUUGAUAAAUUUAGUGUUUAUUUUAGCGUAAUUUCAUUGCUGGAACUAUAACCCCCUUUCUAGAAAGUCUGGAGAUCAAAUAGAUAUCAUCAUAAAGUAAUACCAAUAAAUGUAAGGCAAUAUUAAUAAAAGAACAAAACAAAACUAGAACACAGUCUGACGCAAAAUUAAAUGGCGGAAGAAAAAUGGUAUUUUACCAAGGAACAAUUAUCAGAUUCGCCAAGCAGAAGAUGCGGGAUAGAUCCACAACAAGAAUCAAAAUACAGACAGCAAGCUGCUGACCUAAUUCAAAAUAUGGGCCAAGCUUUAAUGGUGUCUCAAUUGUGUAUCAAUACUGCUAUUGUGUAUAUGCACAGAUUUUAUGCCUUUCACUCAUUCACACAUUUUCACAGAAAUCAUAUAGCUGCAGCUAGUUUAUUUUUAGCAGCAAAAGUAGAGGAACAACCUCGUAAACUACAAAGUGUUAUUGAAGCUGGUCACAAUUGUUUGUAUCCCAAGAGUGGUAGGAUAGAUGUUAGUUCAGAGCAUUUUCUUGAACAAACUCAAGACCUAAUUUUUAAUGAAAAUAUUUUGUUGCAAACCUUAGGAUUUGAUGUAGCCAUUGAUCAUCCUCAUACACAUGUUGUUAAAACAUGUAAUUUAGUACGUGCUUCCAAAGAUCUGGCACAGUCAUCCUAUUUCAUGGCUUCUAAUACUUUGCAUAAAACAACAAUGUGUUUACAAUAUAAACCUACUGUGGUCGCAUGUUUCUGCAUUCAUGUUGCUUGUAAGUGGUCCAAUUGGCAAAUACCACAAUCUAAAGAAGGAAAGCAUUGGUUUGAAUAUGUUGAUACAUCUGUGACAACUGAGUUGUUAGAUCGACUAACAUUAGAAUUUCUCCAUUAUUUCGAUACAAAAUCAAGCAGCCAAGAGAGAGAUAGUAGGAAGGCGCUGGCAGCUCAAGAAGAGGCCCACCAUAGGCAACAUACUUCAUCCAGCAGAAACAUGCACAGCAGUGGGCACCCUGGUCAUAGUUCACAAUCCUCAAGUCAUGCUAGUGCGAGUCAGCAUAGACAACAUGGCCAGCAUAAAAUGCCUUCAGUGCCACAUUUGGCCCAAACGUCUUCCUACUCGCAACAACAUCCAAAUCAUCCAAAUCACCACAGUUCCAUCAGCCAACCUCAUUAUAAUUCUCAAAAUCCUAACAUGGCACAAGUUCCUAGAGAUGCCCAUAAGAAAAUUGAUGAAAAAAUGAAACAUCAAUUAGAUUAUAACAAAAUGCAAAAUGUCAAUAGGCCUAGGCUUCCUCCUGAAGCGAUACCUAAUAAAAAUACUCAUAAUCGUCAUAAACCUGAAAUGUAUCCGCAACAUAAUGCAUAUACAGAUAGAAGCAAAGAAGUGCCCGAAAACUAUCAAAACAGGAUGAUUAGUACAGAUCAAAGAACUAGUGGCGCAGUACCUAGGAUUGAUCCCUAUAAAAGUGAUAAAGAUAUGAAACUCAAACCUAACCCUCAGAUGUCAAUGGAUAUGAAGAAAAGAGAAUUCAAUAAUAUGACGAGUAAGAGUAAUAUGAAUGAAUAUGCCAUGCAACAAAGCAUUCCUCAAAAACCACCUCCUAAUUAUCAUGAAUAUAAAAACCAGAACAAUUUACCGGCUGUGAAUAAACAUGGAUUACCUAAUAAUAACAAAUUGUUAAUGAAGCCUGAAAUGAAACCAGCGAUUAAUAAUUUACCCAUAUUAGAAGAAACACCUAAAAGUGAAGUGAUUAAGACACCACCUAAACCAUCAAUAUUUAGUCCAGAUAACAAAGAUACUAGUUUUUAUAAGAAAUCUAAAACAGAAGCAAGAACUCCAAACAGUAAGAAACCCACAAGCCCGAAUGGUCGUAAAAUAGAAACGCCUAAAAAAAGCGCAAUGCGUCUAACAGAUACACCAGUUAUACCAACAGUUGGCAAUAAUCCAAACAUUCCAAGACCAAUUUCACCAUUCAUUUCACCACUGAAAAAAUCUAAUUCUGGAUCAAGAAAUCGGACAAGGACUAAUAGUGGUUUAGAUCCAGAGUUAGUGCCUCUUGUUAAAAAACUUGAAGAUACAUCUGAUUAUGGUGAUUUCUUCAGAAGUAAACUUAGUCCACAAAAUAAUGAAUUACUACAUUCAACUAGUAAUAUUGCUAAGUCAUCGUUACCAGAAAUUUCAUCUGCUAAUGGCAUAGAAACAAAUCCAGAUCUAAUAAGCAGUUUAUUAAAAGAGAGUUUACUUGGUUUAGAUAAUUCCAAUUCAAAUAAUGCAAACUCUUUACAAUUAAUUCAAUCAAUAGCUCCAACGUCAGUACCAAAUGUACCAAGUACACUAGAACUCAGUCCUGUAAUAAAUGAUGAUUUCAAACAUAAAUCGGAAAAGAAAAAGAAAAAAGAUAAACACAAACACAAAGAUAAAACAAAAGAAGAACGAAAGAAACAUAAAAAGGAUAAAGAGCGAUCAAAAGAUAGACAAGCAAUAGAGAUGAAUCCUGCUCAGCCUGUUCCAAUUAAAAUCACAAUACCAAAGGACAAAAUAGAUAUGCCUGUUGAACCAAGUAUAAAAAUUAAAAUUCCUAAGGAAAAAAUAAAAAGUUUACCAAGAGAUUCUGGGAACUUAGACCAGAGGCCCGUCCAAGGAUUGAAAAUUAAAAUACCUAAGGAAGCUGUAGAUAAUUACACCGAAAACAGUAAGAAAAGAGAAAGGGCGUUAUCUGCAGAUAGGGGGCCUCCAGCAAAAUCAACAAGAACAACUUGACAUCAAGUUACUUGCUGAGCUGUAACCUUGAUCAUGAUUAUUUCUUAAUUUAUAUAUCAGUUCCUCAAAUUUUGUAUUUAUUUAAA